CGCGCAAGCGCACUGUGUUGUUCUUAAUGUAAAAAAUUUCUAAAACCAUGCACAGGAAUAUAAAUUAAUAAAUAAAGAUGGAUUUAUUUAAUUUUUUUUUUUACUCAGCUGCUGUGUGCUUGAAAUCCCUUUGCUCAGUUGUAAACUGUUGAUCAGCUGUGUGUUGGUCGGUCCUCUCCUCUCCUCUCCUCUCCUCCCAUCAGGUCUCCUCCAUGCCAUUGAGGUGUUCAGAAGCGCAGUGAAGAUGGCCAUCCAUGUGGAAGGGCUGGUGGCGAUCGUCAUCUUCUACAUGCUGAUCCUCGGCGUGGGAAUAUGGGCCGCCUGGAAGAACAAGAACUCCGGCGUGGAGGAGGGGACGGACCGCAGUGAGACCAUCAUGGUCGGGGGAAGAGACAUCGGACUGUUUGUGGGAGCGUUUACCAUGACCGCUACAUGGGUGGGAGGUGGAUACAUUAACGGCACGGCUGAGUAUGUGUAUCUGCCCGGUUUCGGCUUGGCCUGGGCGCAGGCUCCCUUUGGAUACGCCAUGAGUCUCGUAGUGGGUGGUCUGUUCUUCGCCAAGCCCAUGCGCUCCCGUGGCUACGUCACCAUGUUGGACCCUUUCCAGCAGCUGUACGGAAAGCGCAUGGGCGGCCUGCUCUUCAUCCCCGCGCUCAUGGGGGAGAUCUUCUGGUCCGCCGCCAUCUUAUCAGCCCUCGGAGCAACACUGAGCGUCAUCGUGGACAUUGAUAUUAACAUGUCAGUCAUCAUUUCUGCCCUCAUCGCCAUUUUCUACACACUGAUUGGCGGUGUUUACUCAGUGGCCUACACAGACGUGGUUCAGCUCUUCUGCAUCUUUGUGGGACUGUGGAUCAGUGUCCCGUUUGCGCUGUCGAACCCUGCUGUGUCUGAUAUCGGCCUGACUGCAGCAAACGAGCUCUACCAGGAGCCCUGGCUGGGUUCGAUCGAAAGCAGUGAUAAAUGGAUGUGGGCAGACAAUUUCUGCCUUCUGAUGUUGGGGGGAAUUCCCUGGCAGGUCUAUUUUCAGCGGGUUCUUUCUGCGUCUUCAGCUACCUACGCCCAAGUCCUUUCCUUUCUGGCUGCCUUCGGCUGCAUCAUUAUGGCCAUACCCUCUGUCCUGAUCGGAGCUAUCGGGGCCUCCACAGACUGGAAUCAGACGACCUAUGGGCCAAUCCCUCCUAUGAAGAAAGACGAGUCAGAAAUGAUUCUUCCAAUCGUGUUGCAGUACCUGUGCCCGCCCUACAUCUCCUUCUUUGGGUUGGGGGCAGUGUCUGCUGCGGUGAUGUCAUCGGCUGACUCAUCCAUCCUUUCAGCCAGUUCCAUGUUCGCCAGGAACAUCUACCACCUGGCCUUCCGCCAGUCGGCAUCAGACAGAGAGAUAGUCUGGGUCAUGCGGAUCACAAUCUUUGUUUUUGGCGCUUUGGCAACGGCCAUGGCCCUCCUGACGGGUACAGUGUAUGGGCUCUGGUACCUAAGCUCAGACCUGGUCUACGUGAUCAUCUUCCCACAGCUCCUCAGCGUUCUGUUUGUGAGAGGCACCAACACCUAUGGCUCGGUGGCAGGCUAUGUCUUCGGCAUGAUCCUGCGCAUCGGCGGCGGUGAACCUUACCUCAAACUGCCCCCUUUUAUCUACUACCCAGGCUGGUACAUCAUGGAAAAGGUGCACCACAAAACGGGGGACGUGGAACAUCUGAUAAUGCAGAGGUUUCCUUUCAAGACGGUCUCCAUGCUGGCCUCCUUCCUGGGCAACGUGGCCGUCUCGUACUUGUUCAAGUACUUGUUUGAGAGCGGCAAACUGUCAGCCAAGUACGACUUCCUGGAUGCGGUAGUAGCCAAGCACAGUGCUGAGAUCAUGGACAGGACCACGCUGGUGAACAGGAAUGUUAUCGGGCUGAAUGAGAUGGCGCCGGUGAGGCCACGUCUCAGCGUCACUUUGGCCAGCACUUUCAGCAGGAAGGAAACUCUCACUGAAGAGGAUGAAGAGGACUCCAGCCCAGAGUCUCCUAGUCAUGAAAAUGAGUAAAGACCUUUUCAGUUAGGACAGCACCU